UGUCAGUAAUAAAUAAACACACAAACCAUCAAAAUAUCCUCGGUAAAGUAUUGACAUCUUUAUAGCACAGGUAUAUAUAUAUAACUGACCUCAAUGAAUAUGCGCAUUUGAGGAACACCUCAUGAAUGGGAACAUGAUUUGCUUAAUCUGUAAUCACUUCUCGAAUAUGUAUACUCACUGACGUCAAGUAAUAAGUCUUUUAUCAAGGAUAAAGCGUGCAGUUAUUACAGUAAGCAAAAAAGAUGUUGAAAUGGCGCGUUCAAAGAAGAAGCAGCAGCAGCACUUCUUCCGUGGACCAAGAAGAAGUGAAGUCAUGUUUGCAAAUGUUGGAUAACAUUUUGUUAGAAUAUGAAGACAGAGAGGUUGGUGUUCCAACCAUUUUCAAAGACCGCAGCAAUAGACUUUCUUCAAAUUUUCAAAGGAAAGACUUCUUCCUACAGGAGAACCAAGAUUAUCCUACAACACACAGUUUCAAAUGUAACGAUUCUUUUCGCAGGUUAUCGUUAAAAUGUGAUUCAUUUUCCACUUGUCAUACCCUAAAUGUUUACGAGGAUUGCAGUAGAAAUGAAUUUAGUGCCAGUGGAUCUCAUAAAAUCUCAGUAAAAGAGGGUGGUGGAAAAGAUACAUCUGAGAAAGUAUCCACUAUAUUGUGCGACAGUGUGUUCUGUGACCAGUCGACAUUGAGAGAAGAACAAAACAAACGACGACGUCGAACAGGUGCGGAUAACUUUCGAGUUAUUCUAAAUAGGGACCAGUGGAAAGAAACUGAAACAUGUCAUAAUCUUCCAAAAGUCUUCUCACACAAAACUGUAGAUAACAAAAGGAGAUAUUCAGAAGUUCCAAAAGUAUUGCAUGACCGUACUAAAAGUACAGGGGAGUCUUCUGAAGAUGGAACGUUGUCGGAUGACAGUUCCAGCAGAAAAGAUAUGUGUUCAAAGGAAGACAUCAGUAACGAUUCUAGUUAUCAGGAAAUACAUGACUUUACUUUGCAAAGAAGGAGGUUUUCAUCUGACGAAGUAACUUUAAAAAACGAAAGUUUUAAUAUUCCAGAAACUGCAGAAAGAUCGGGAAGUACCCCACAAGGGUCUUAUGAGCAAGACAAUGCUUAUAGAGAAAAUAACUUUUCAGGCGACCUUAAAGAAACUGCAGGAGAGUUACUUGGUAAAGACAUUCAACCAGCCAAUAAUGUUCUUAAUAUUACGAGUGUUGUCAACGAAACAGAAAAACAUAAUACUGGAAACAGAGAAAGAUCUGUAGAAGACAUAUUUUCAGAUGAUGUUGUUGAAAAUAUUAAAUCAUCCACCUUACAUGAACAUUCUCAGGAUUACAACAUUUCUCACAGCUUAGAUCAUUUGGACUGCAUUGUAUCAGCAACAAAACACAGAGAACAAGUUCAUUGCUCAGUAACAAACACUACAAAAGAAAACCAGCCCGGAAAAUAUGACAGCUGCGUAAACAUAAAUGAAGAAACCUUUGAAGUUUUCGAGUCUCCACCUUGGCCAACAGAUGGCACUACAAACACUGAUGCUAGCGUCUCAAAUUAUUCGGUAACAAUUAAUAAACCUAAGCCUACUCCUCCCCCUGUGCCGAAACGCAGUCCUUCCACCAAACUCAGUUCUUCGUCAACAGAUUUGUCACCUUUGGUGCAAAACCUCGAUGGAGUUGACUUCAAUUAUGAUCAGAAAGACACUGAUAUUAUAAUCAAAGUGGAUGAUUAUCAUAAGCCAUCGAUCACACCAUGUGUGGGAGGAAAUGCAGGGACUGUUGCAAAUGUAACUUCAGAUGAUUCUGCAAAUCACUGCAAUGUUCAAGAUCAGUCAUUAGAAAACUGUGAUGGGAAAAUGAAGGACGAAUUUAGUGUAACAAAAAAUCUACUUGAAACUGGUCGAGUGGAAGGAAUAAAUUUCGCCUUUACUCCUUUACACGAGGAGAUGCAAUCAUUUAAUGAAGUGGGUCCGGCAGCGGCUCUUAAAGUUUUGAAAAACAAAGAAAUCUCCUCUCACGAAGAAGAUGUAGAUAAAUCGAACUGGGAUGUUGUCAAUUACGUGCGUGAUAAAUCUCAGAAUAAAAGUUUUGUCAAAACAAACAAUAUCUGCAUACACAAUCAAAAAAAGACUGAAAAAUAUAAUCUGGCUUUAUGCCCCAUAAAAUGUCAAUCUUUAGAAGAAAUCUGUGUUAACGUUCCCGAGAAUGAAACACCAUCUUCCUGGUUUGAUUUUAAGGCUAAGAAAACCACUGGGGAAUAUAAGCCACGUCGCCUAUCAACUUUUGGCAAGUGUUACAGUGUGGAGUCUCAUUAUCAUCCAUCUUGCGAUAUAAUGCAAAAGGUUCCAGUUCACAAAAGUGAUGAUAAUAAAUCAAAUACACUGCCCUUACAGUCCCGUCGGCAUUUCUUUGAUUUCGGUGAUAACACUGACACAAACGAAGAGAGCGAAGAGGAAACACCGAUUUCUAUAGUUGCAGAAGUUUCAAGGCUAAACAAGCUGGAGAGAAGUUCCAGUGCUCCACCAGAAGGUUUGAAGACAAAGUGGAAGUUAAAAAGUCAGAAGAAAAAAG